GUAAGAUUUUUACACAUGAAUGAACUUGUAGCACAACAGGUGCACAUCUCAGUUAAAGCUGCGAUAAAAAGGGUUCUUAUUGUUCUACGUGGAGAAAUGAAAUAUUCAGAUGAAUAGAGAUUUCCAGGUAGAAUUCCUAUCCUAUGUUAAACAGAAAGUAGUGGAAACUGAAGUAAAGGGGCGUAGACACAGUAGUCAUGGCAUGACCUAUGCUGUCAGGAAGUCAUCGCCAAUAAGACCUUUGAAAACCAAACCCAGCUGUUCAAGUCCUGUCAGAACUGAUACAAAAUUAAGACGGAAACAACCCUCUUUCACAGGAGGUGCUUCUUUGCAGUUAUCAUCAAAGUCCGAUUCCGGUGAAAGCAUGCCUCCAGUUAAGAAGAAUGUCAAGAGAGACCCAUGCAUCCCUGCUGUCCCUCUGUUGGCAGAAAGGCCAAAAAGAACAAUAAUACCCAAAAAUUUGGAUGAGAGUGCAGGGCUUUCAUGGAGGGAAGAAACAGAUCUGAAGAAAGCUUUGUUAGCAUCAUUACGUGAGAGCAAAAGGCAAGAGUUAGAAGAACAGGUGGAAUUGGAGCUAAAGCAAUCCUUGAUUAAACCUUCAAGCAGUGGAAGUAGUAGCAUCCACAAAAGCAAGCCCUCUAGACAGGUAUCCAAAGAGUCCAAAGAGGUUGAAUCGCUUACCCAGAAGGUUGACAGUCCUGUUUCCUGGGGAAUGAAGACGCCCCAGCACAAGACACUCUCACAUAACAAAGGAAGCAAAGGCAUAUCUAAGGCAGCCAUGACUACAGAUUAUGUUAGUGAUAGUCCAUCAGUCAAAGUUCGUGCUCAGAGAAAGUUUGCCCAGGGCCAGGGUGUCUGCUCUGCUCCCAGCAGUCCAUCUCCCAGUGUGAACAUGACCCCAGUAAAGAUACAGGCUUCUGCAUCACCAGCAAGCUCAGGCAAGAAGAGACACUUAGUAGCAACCAAGAGAGCUAAAACAGAAGAUUUUCUCACAUUUUUAUGUUUACGAGGUACCCCAGCUCUUCCAAAGAAACUCAACUUCUUUAACUACCCACCUGUCAUGACUGAAAAGGUUACUCGCCCAGCAAACAUGGUGAAGCUCUCCCGUAAUGGUGGCAGAGGGAACACCACCCCUGUGAAGUAUGAGGAUGGCAACAGUAGAGAUAGUUUUGACCUGGAUGUAUCUCCACUGGAACCAUGUUUAAAAUUUACCAAGGGAAGAAAAAGACUUACUAGUAGAAGAGAGGAUUUUCAGGACAUGCAAGAGAGUAGUUGUAGAUCAGACAGUGUAAAAGAAAAUGUCUCUGUGCUAACAGAUUUGCAGAGGAAACCACCUGUUUCAUGUGGCAUAGACACUAAUGCCUCUUUAGCACCGAGUAGGCACAUGGGUUACUCUACUUUAUGUGAUGAACAGCCAGUUAUCCAAGGAAUGAAUGAUGUGCAAGAAAAAACCCCAGAGGAGAAUGCAGGUGACAGUGAAAGUGUUCUACCCAGUGAUCUGGAUAGUAGGUGUCAUGUAGAUGGUGGGGUACCCAUCUCCAUUGCAGAAAUGUCUGGACUACCUGGGAUAACAGCCAUUGCCAAGGGUCAGACUGGCACAGAUCUUGCUGUUUGUGACACAAAUGGAGAACUUCUGUUCAAUGCAAAGUCAGUUUCUAAAUUUUUCAAUCCAGAAUCUUCUACAACAAAAGAGCUUGUCAGCCCAUCUGUAAUUGGUCAGAACAUCAAUGUUCCUUGCACACAGGUGGAAACCUCACAUUCCCAGCACAAUCUCUCCUCUUGUGUUGAGGAAGCUUUGGAAGAUAACAAAGUGCCCUGUGCUUGGAAUAUUGUGAAAAGGAAGGACAUACAAAAUGCGCAAGAUCUUAUACCCACAAACAGUAUUGCAACAUGUUGUGAAGGAUAUGCUAUAGCUGAAACUGUUAUGAUAAAAAGUUCAGGCAACACAGAUCUUUCAAGAUACUGUCAAUCUUUGUCAUCUUCUGCCCAAGACAAGUUGGGGAUGAAUGUGAUACCAGGGUCUCAGAAAACAGAUUUUAUCAAAAAUGUCAGAAUAAAUUUUGUACCAACUACAAGCCUUGUGGAUGACAACAAUGAAAGGGACAGGAGUCCUUUGUUGUCUGCUAGAGAAUGUGAUGGGGAGUUCCAGAUCAUAGGACAAGGGUCACCACAGUUGAGUGAAAGCUGCUGUAUCCAGCCUCGUGACACUCCACCAAGAAGACCAUUUUCCAAGCACAGUGACAGAUUCCCAAGGGCCUCUUCACCCCCUCCCAAUCUUUCUCCAGUGAAACCCAUUGCCAUGAGACCAACCCCGACCAAGUCCAGGGUGCCUCCUCCACUGUUGCCUAUUGAACCACUAAAGAAAUACGAGUCCAAGAAGGUGAUGACAAGGAGUGAAUCUGCUGUAAAGCUGAAGAAACUGCAGGUGACUGUGACCAGACUGAGGUCAGGCAAGGUGGCCUAUUCACAUCACCACAAGUCUCCAUUUAAAACUUACCAUAAGGUACAAAAACUAAAGAAAACCAAGGAGGCUAUUUCAGAAAAAAUCAAAGCUAAGAAAAGUAAGAAAACAGAUGGAGGAGAGGAAAGGGGAGAGUCUCAGAAAAUGAAGAAAAAUAAGGACAGUGUAGACACAAAUGAGAAAAAGAAGUCUGCAAAGCAAAAAGUAGUAAAAAAGAAACUAAACACUGAUGAUUCAAAGCCCAUGAAAAUGCUUCCAUUGGAGGAACCAUCUCGAAAGAAAACCAAAACUCUUGUUAGCCAUGAAAAACCACUCACACAAGGCAAGAGUAGAGCUAAACCCAUAAAAGAUGGGGCAAAAUCCAAAGGAACCACAAAAGACCACCCAAAAAGAAAGAUUAAAACUGAGGUUACAACAAACAUGCCUAUUAAACAAGAAAAAUUGAAGAAAGAAACAGAUGAUGAAAUGCAUUCCACAACUGAUAAGGGCAUGCUUACCAGGCGAGGGAGGGCCUCUUCUGUGCCCCACUCAGAUGAAAUAGAAAUAACAUUUAAGACAAUAAUGCCAAAAAUUCCUUCCAAGCAGUGUCUCAGUAGUCAUUGCUCAAACAGUUCCAGAUCUUCUAAAGUCAGUUUAGGAAAAAGAAAAUUUGAAGGCUCUGAGCAUAAGGAUAGCAUUGGUGUUGAACAGCACAUCUCUGGCACUCUACCAGCAAAACUGAGUAAAAAGAACACUGAUAUACCGCAGGGAAGCAAGUUGAGGUCACAGUCAUCUGGAGCUGUGACUGAGGAAUCUUGUGAAAAGAAAAGGUGCCAUCCAGGAGAGAGAGCGAGGAGAGUGACCAGCACCAUGUCAUCAAGAGCUAAGAACAAUCUUAUUAAGAUGCCAGUCUCAAAUAAAAGGGGUCGACCCACUGCUAAAAGUUCCCCAACAUCGGAAAGGAUGAAAGAAACUGUCAAAGGAAAUGAAGAGGCAGUACAGUUAUCUGAAGCUCCCAUGUACAGCCCUGCUGCGAAUGAAUUUGUAGACCCCAUAGAUUUCAUUGAAGCCAUCAAGCCAAAUGCUGAACAACAGGGGAUGUGCAAAAUAAUACCACCUCAAGAGGUCUGGAAGCCUGAGUGUAAAGUACGGGAUGAUAUGAGAUUUGUGUACCAAAUCCAACAUGUGCACAAAAUGUAUAAGCGGUGGGGUCCUAAUGUCCAGCAUGUGGAGUGUAUAAAAAGACAGCUAGAGGCUCAGGGUGGAGGGAUGGAGCAUCCACCAAACGUUGGUGGAAUAGAGCUGGACUUGUCCCGCCUGCAACAGGCCAUACAGAGCUUUGGAGGCAUGCAGACAGUCCUGGCCAAGAAUAUACUGCCCAAAGUCUGUGAUGCUCUCAACAUUCCACGUAUGGCCUUGGACCGUAUGUCAAGACUAUAUGAUGCUUAUUGUAAGUACCUCGUACCUUAUGACACUUUGACUACUGAGGAAAAAGAGAAGCUUGACCAACAAGUGUCCAUGAUGAGACAGAAAAAGAAAAGAGUAGAAGAUGACUGUGUUUUAAAGGGAAAGUCCACCUCCCUUGGGAACUUUUAUCGAGUUGCAAGAAAUACUAAGCUGAUGUGGUUUACUAAGGAAGAGCCAUCCCCAGAGCAAGUAGAGCACGAAUACUGGAAGAUAGUGACCGAGCGCCAAGUUCAUGUUGCUGUCCACGCUGGUCAUGUAGGGACACAGCACUGGGGCAGUGGAUUCCCAAACAAAAGGGAAAAUCAAUAUUAUAGACAUGGUUGGAACUUCAAUAAUGUACCUGAAAAUGCGAAUAAUUUGCUGAAAGUCUUGGGGACUAUAGAAAGUGUCACCACCCCUACUCUCCACAUAGGCAUGCUGUUCUCUACCUCCUGCUGGUCCCGGGACCCCCACUUGCUGCCAUAUAUUGUGUACAAUCACACAGGUGCUGAUGUCAUUUGGUAUUGUAUUCCUGGAAGUGAAACACAGAAGUUUCAAACUGCAAUGAAGAAACUAGUCCCCAGUCUUGUGACUGAUCAGCCUGUCUGGUUACCUGAAGAUACAGUAAUGAUUUCUCCAAGAUUACUGCUUAUGGAAGGUGUUUCUGUGAACAGGACUGUGCAGAGUGCAGGGCAAUUUAUAGCAGUCUUCCCAGAAUCAUUUACUGCCACCUUGAGCUGUGGGUACAAUGUCUUAGAGUCUGUCCACUUUGCUCCAUCUAGCUGGAUUCCACUGGGGAGAAAAGCUGAUGGUUUGCUGUCAGAGAGCAGUGAGUCUCAGUUAUUCCCUGUGGAGCAGUUGUUCUGCAGUCUUGUUAGAGAUGACAGGACACCUGUGGACACCUUGAAACUGGUACUGCCAGAACUGACCGCUGUGAUAGAGGAGGAAAAUUCUGCGCGCCAGCAGCUACUGGAGGCUGGUCUCCACAGCUGGGAGAAAAUGGAGCUUCCUGAUGACCCAUUCCCUGGGGGUAAGAGGAAGAAGUCCUUUGAGACCUUGGAGGAAGAGGACAAUGUAUGUGAAAUAUGCAAGAAAAUUUGCUAUUUUUCUAUGGUGGUGAAUGAGAGCGAGGAUGCUGUGUACUGUUUGAAGCAUGCAUUACCACAUGUACAGAAGAAAAAGAAUCUCAAGGCAUGUAAAGUCAUGUUCAGAUGCACAGAAAAGGAACUCCAAAGUGUAAUAGACAACACCAGGGAUCGCAUAGAAGCACUCAGUAAUACCUCGACAUCAUCCAGGAAACGCCAAGCAAAAGUUAAAGUUUGCUGAUAGGUUAUGCAUAUAGUGAAAGAUUCUUACAACAUACAGUGAACACACCAUAUGUAAUUUUGGAACAAUGAUGGACAAGAACUUUAAAAAAAUAUAAGAAACAUAACAGGAACAGUUAAUAAGCUUUCAGACAUACAUAUAUUCUUAGUAGUUUAUGGAAAUAGUCUCUUGAUUUUGUUUUCAACAAGGCAUCUUCUACACAAGUACUGCAGCUCUGCAAAUAAGAUGUAAUACUGGUGCAUUGUAUAUCACCAUUGUGGAGGUCUUGGUCAUGGAAGUGCCAAUUGUGGAGUAUGGAUGACAAGACUGAACAGGAAUUUUUCAUGUGUCAUCAACCUGUGUCAUGUUUGAGAACUGGUGUGAGUGGAGGAUGCUGGGUUCAGAAUGGCAUCCCUUCCACCAGGCUUAUGUCCUAUGCAAGAUUGAAGCCUAACCACUGUACCAAACUGCCACAAUUUCCCUAUAAGUAGAUUAGUUUAUAUUGCCAUAGUUAAUAUGAAUACCUGAAAACAUAAUUUGGUGGGUUAGUUGUUGCAUGCAUUUUCUGAUAAUUUUGUCAGUUUUUUUUUUUUUUUUAAUUAACUCUGGUUAUUUAUGUGAAACAUGUUUUGUCAAGCAAAUAGAACCCUGCUCUUGUUCUGCUCAAUUUUGAAGUUUUAGGUUAAAUAUUUUUAUUAUCUAAUGUACAUGCCCAGCGAGUUCCUGCCCACUGUUUAGUUUAGUACUUAGCUAGUUGGCUGUUCAUUUCAAGAACUGAAUUGUUACAUGCAUCUCGAGUUGGGAUCCAUAAAACAGCAGAAUGAUACUCUUGAACAUCAAGGUAUUUGCCUUUGAAGAAUACAGUACAUUACCAGCUACCCCUGUAGUAAGCAUAGACAUGGAAUGACGGGGAUGUAGUCAAACUGGAUGUUUGAAAUAAUGGAAACCAAAACGUAAAUGCCCAAGAUAUUCAGGUACUUUGGAGUUUGACAAGAUAAUUUUUUGUCGAAUCAGUUUUCUUUUCUUUUAUUAAAAUAACUAAACUUAUGUUUUCUAAAGAGAAGUGUAAAAGACUUAUAUUAAAUCGUCUUUUUCUAUGAACUAUGCUGUUUUAUGUUUAGGUAAUUGUUUCAUUGGGUAUACCUUGCUUUGAUAAUAAUAAACAUGAGGUCAGCUGCAGUAAAGUUAAUUGAUAGGAAAUUGUAGGUUUUCAUGAGCAGGAUUUGUUAAAUUUCAGUUUGAAAAAUAUUUUUGAAAUGUUAUAGCGAAGGACUUGCUAUAAUACAUACGUAAUUAGUUAUAUCAAUAGUUUUGUUUUCUGUGCCAUUUUUACACUGAAGCACCAUGUUAAAUAAAUUUUUGUUUUAACAGACUUUAAAACUGAAAGAAAAUUAGUUUAGGUGGUAUUUCCUUUUCCAUGUUUUUUUAGGUUUCGAUUUCAUUUUAAAAAAUACCAUAGUUCAAUUGUUUUGGUAAAAUUUCUCUGAGUCCCAUUUGUUUUUAAGUUCUUUUUGGACAGGCACAGUGUGUCUGGACAUACAACUAUCACUGCAUCUGUCAUGUACACUAUAAAAAA